UGCAUGAUGCAUCUCUUGGACGUUGCGUCGCGUCGCGUUUCGCUGAGCGUUUUUAAACACUGCGCGUCAAGUAAAAAGAACAUUUCAAAUUUGUUUCCACUUGAAACAUUUCAGUAGCAUGUUUCGUGUUAGUAUGUAAACAUCUCAUACUAAAGUCCCCCACCGGGACUCUUUCAGUUCCCCUUUGGUUUACGUACAACUUUAAACCCGCCUCAGAAAACCACCAGCAGCUUCACUUCCACUUUACUGAACUAAACUCUGUCUGUCUCUGUCUGUGAGCGUCUGAAGAGCUCUGACAUCCCGCAUCAUCCAGCAUGUCUCUCCCGCAACAGCUGCGCGAUGAAAGUGAUUUCGACCAGCUUCCAGACAACAUCCCGGUCACUGCAACCAUUGCUGAUAUUGAGGAGAAGAAAGGUUUCAUUGUUUACUAUAGGUUCGUGAUUGAGGUGAAGACCAAAGGCAACAGUAAAUACCUGAUCUACAGAAGGUAUCGUCAGUUCUUCACUCUGCACCAGAGUUUGGAGCUUAAAUACUCAGCUGAAGCCCAGCCGGGAUACUACACCUGCCAACUACCUACUCUGCCAGGUAAGGUGUUUAUGGGAAACAAAAAGGAGAUCGCAGAGAGCAGAAUCCCAGAGCUCAACAAUUACAUGAAGAGGUUGCUUUGUCUGCCUACCUGGGUACUCUUGGACGAUCUGAUACGGAUGUUUUUCUACCAGACCGAGUUGGACAGCCAACAGGUCCCCCGGGCCCUGCGCCGCCUGCGGCCCCCCACACGCAAAGUAAAAACCGUAAAGCCCAAAGCGGACCUUCUCUCCGCACCCAGAGCAGAGGCGGUGUUUGACUUCAGCGGCAGCGGACGCCUGGAGCUCAGUCUGAAGGCUGGAGACGUGAUCUUCCUCCUGCGGAGAGUCAACGCAGACUGGCUGGAGGGCACAGUGAGGGACAAAACUGGAAUCUUUCCCGAGUCGUUCGUGAACAUUAUUAAACCUCUUCCCGAGAGUGACUCUGACGAAGAGGGCGGAGCUUCCAAGAGUGGGAAUCGUGCUCAGAGUUCAUACAGCUGCCUGCGCUGCUAUCUGCUGCAGCCAGAGGGCAUCGACAUAAGGGACAUUUGUGUUGAGGAAGAUCUCUCCAUUCAGCCAUCUUACAAAGAUCUGCUUUCCCAAAUGAGGGGCGUCUUUCAAGUGGAAGAUAUUGCUUUGAACUACCGGGACCCCGAGGGUGAUCUGAUACGGAUAUUAGACGAUGAAGACAUCGCUUUCAUGGUGCAAGAGAGCAAACAGACGGGGUCAAAGGUCAAACGACCCGUGAAUCAGUUUCCCUGGGAGCUGCUGGUCACGCAUGCCAAAGAUCUGACCGUCUACAACACCGAGUAUUAAAACCAGCGCUUUUCUGGACCUCGACAUGUUCCUCGUCAUUUGCACAUUGAUUGUUAGUUUAAUUGGUUUUCAAAUUGAAAACAAUUUUUGGUUAUUAAAGGGAUAGUUCACCCAAAAAUGACAAUUGUGUCAUUAUUUACUCACCCUUGAAUCGUUCAUGACUUUUGAGGCAGAAUCAGUUGGUCCAGUUCACAAAAUCGGUCUGACUGAUUCAUUUAUGAAUCAAAGUGAUUCGGUUCUCAGUUCACUGAUUCACUGAUUCACUGAUUCACUGAUCUGGUAACAACGGAUCACAGAUCGCAGGAAGGGAAGAUAAUCAGUGAAUAAUAACAACUUCAUUGUCCAAAACAUUAUUAAAUGACCUCAGACUAGUG